UAUGAUCUCGCUUCAAGUCAGUUAGAAAUCGAUAAAUAUUUAAAGAUAAUUGAUUUACGCAUCAUUUCGUAUAAAUUUACUACUAAUUUUGAAAGAAACGUUCAAAAAUGCCUUGUGAAAUGAUAACCCUCCAACUUGGCCAAUGCGGCAAUCAAAUCGGUUUUGAAUUUUGGAAAAGAUUAUGUGCAGAGCACGGUAUAAAUCCCGAAGGUAUAUUAGAAGAUUACGCUACAGAAAGUAUCGAUAGGAAAGACGUAUUUUUCUACCAAGCCGAUGACGAGCACUACAUCCCGCGAGCCGUACUAUUAGAUUUAGAACCUAGAGUAAUAAACACAAUUUUAAACUCCCCUUAUUCGAAAUUAUACAACCAAGAAAACGUAUUUCUAUCAAAAAACGGCGGGGGUGCGGGUAACAACUGGGCAUCGGGGUUCUCCCAAGGCGAACGAUUAAACGAAGAAAUCUUCGAUAUAAUCGAUAGAGAAGCCGAGGGUAGCGAUAGUUUAGAAGGUUUCGUUUUAUGUCAUUCAAUAGCAGGUGGUACAGGCUCCGGAAUGGGUUCGAACAUAUUAGAAAAACUAUCCGAUCGUUUUCCGAAAAAAUUAGUACAAACUUACAGCGUUUUUCCCAAUUUAGACGAAAUAAGCGACGUUGUAGUACAACCGUACAAUUCUUUAUUAACUUUAAAAAGAUUAACGGAAUCCGCCGAUUCCGUUGUAGUUUUGGAUAAUACUGCUUUAAACAGGAUAGCAGCCGAUCGUUUAAAGAUACAAAACCCCACUUUCACCCAAAUUAACAGUUUAGUCAGCACCAUUAUGUCGGUUUCGACUACCACAUUGAGGUAUCCGUCUUAUAUGAAUAACGAUCUAAUGGAGCUAUUGGGGCCUCUUAUACCGACGCCGAGGUUACAUUUCUUGAUGACGGGUUAUACUCCCCUUUCCACUGAUACGGAUGAGGCUAGUGUUAGAAAAACCACAGUUUUAGACGUCAUGAGGAGGUUGUUGCAACCGAAGAACAUGAUGGUGUCCACUGCGCAAGAUAGGAGCUCCCAACAUUGUUUUAUAUCGAUUUUGAAUAUAAUUCAGGGGGAAGUGGAUCCGACGCAAGUACACAAGUCUUUACAGCGUAUAAGGGAGAGGAAAUUGGCUCAGUUCAUACCGUGGGGCCCGGCUAGUAUCCAAGUGGCGUUAUCCAGGAAAUCCCCUUAUAUACAAUCCGCCCAUCGGGUUUCCGGGUUGAUGUUAGCGAAUCAUACCAACAUCAGUUCACUUUUCGAUCGCGCUUUGACUCAGUAUGAUAAAUUAAGGAAACGGGAGGCGUUUCUGGAUCAGUUCAGGAAGGAGGACAUGUUUAAGGAUAAUCUGGACGAGUUGGAUUGUAGUAGGGAGGUGGUGCAGGAUUUGGUGGACGAGUAUGUGGCCGCUACCAGGGAGGAUUAUUGUACGUGGGAGAAAUGAGGUUGAUUUCUGGGGGUUUGGUGCCAUAUUUACUUCGGUUUUUGAAGUUUUUUUGUUUGGAUCUGAUUUUUUUUUAAUUUUGAUGUUUUUUUUAGGUUAUUUGUGUCGAAAGUUCAUUGUUUUGUAUGUAGGGUUUGUAAUUAUAAGUUAUAUUGUCUAUUAA